GGAUUGAAUGGUUGCAAGGGAAGCAGAAACCCAGCAAAUAAUAGCACUGCACAGUACAUGAAUACUACAUGUACACAGUUACACACUACUCCCCUACACCAUCCUUCACUACAGCCCCCAGUUGUUUCUUGCAAGUACUGAGUAACUGACUACCCCCAGUUCCUGCCCUCUUGGGCCUUGGUAUUGUUGCUCCAAGAUCUUUGCCACUACUCCUACUUUCCUUAUUCCACUAGAAAUCAUAUAUACCUUUCUCACUCUACAUAAUCCCCCUCUCCUUAGAGUCUAGUUAUAUAGAUAGACAGAUCUCUAUCAACUCUGAAACUAACCUCUAAGGUAAUCUCGGAAUCUUCAGCUCUCGUAAACAGAAUAGUUAAAGACUCUUGCGAGAAUCUUCUAAUAAAGUCUAAGUAGCUACAGAAUCCAGAAACAAACCAGUAGUAACUUACCAACCAGAUACGUAACAUAACAUGCUGCUCCUUAGAACCUAAAGCCUUUUUUUUUCAAGGGGGGUGUAAUAAUGAUGUGAUUACGUCGCAUCUAACUUGUGAUGGCAAUUAGUAAGCAGUAGAGGGAGAGGGGGAGAGAUGUGUUUGUCCUACUAAUAAUGCGAGUGGUGAUCUGAUCUCUGCUUGCAAAAGAGACAGCCACGGAAUCGAGAGUGAGGAGGCCAGCCAAGAAAAGCGACACCAGUGUGUGCGUGCGUCAACACACAGCUCAAGCUUACGCGGGAGCUAAGCUGAGCUACAGCGAGCGGCGGCGGCGGCCAUGGAGUGGGAUCUCAAGAUGCCGCCGGCGGCGAGCUGGGAGCUAGCCGACGAGCUGGAGAACAGCGGCGGCGGGGGUGUACCGGCGGCGGUAUCGUCGUCAUCGGCUGCGGUUGGUGGCGGCGUCAAUGCGGGGGGUGGUGGCAGGCAGGAGUGCUCGGUCGACCUCAAGCUCGGCGGGUUGGGGGAGUUCGGCGGCGGCGGCGCGCAGCCGCGGGUCGCCGUGGCGGGCGAGCCGGCCAAGGGGAAGGGGCCAGCGGCCGCCGCCACGGGAGCAGCAGCAGCAGCGUCGUCGGCGCCGGCGAAGCGGCCGCGCGGUGCGGCGGCGGCGGGGCAGCAGCAGUGCCCGUCGUGCGCGGUGGACGGGUGCAAGGAGGACCUGAGCAAGUGCCGCGACUACCAUCGCCGGCACAAGGUGUGCGAGGCCCACUCCAAGACCCCCCUCGUCGUCGUCUCCGGCCGCGAGAUGCGCUUCUGCCAGCAGUGCAGCAGGUUUCACUUGCUUCAGGAGUUUGAUGAGGCCAAGCGCAGCUGUAGAAAGCGACUAGAUGGGCACAACCGUCGCCGCAGGAAGCCACAGCCAGAUCCCAUGAACUCUGCAAGUUAUCUUGCAAGCCAACAAGGGGCAAGAUUCUCACCGUUCGCGACGCCGAGACCGGAGGCAAGCUGGACAGGGAUGAUCAAAACCGAGGAGAGCCCAUACUACACGCACCACCAAAUCCCUCUUGGCAUCAGCAGCAGGCAGCAGCAUUUCGUUGGCUCCACCUCUGACGGCGGCCGCCGCUUCCCUUUCCUCCAGGAAGGCGAGAUCAGCUUCGGCACCGGCGCCGGCGCCGGCGGCGUGCCAAUGGAUCAGGCAGCAGCUGCUGCUGCUGCUUCAGUGUGCCAGCCACUUCUGAAGACGGUAGCUCCUCCUCCUCCUCCUCAUGGCGGCGGCGGCAGCGGCGGCGGCAAGAUGUUCUCCGAUGGUGGGUUGACACAAGUGCUCGACUCCGAUUGUGCUCUCUCUCUUCUGUCAGCUCCGGCGAACUCCACGGCCAUCGACGUCGGCGGUGGCCGGGUGGUCGUCCAGCCGACCGAGCACAUCCCCAUGGCGCAGCCUCUCAUCUCUGGCCUUCAGUUCGGCGGCGGCGGCGGCAGCUCAGCCUGGUUCGCGGCGCGGCCGCAUCAUCAGGCGGCCACCGGCGCCGCCGCCACCGCCGUCGUCGUCUCGACGGCCGGUUUCUCCUGCCCGGUGGUGGAGAGCGAGCAGCUGAACACAGUCCUGAGCUCCAAUGACAAUGAGAUGAACUACAAUGGGAUGUUUCACGUCGGCGGCGAAGGCUCAUCGGAUGGCACGUCGUCGUCUCUGCCGUUCUCAUGGCAGUAGUUUUUUCAGUAACUGUAUGUUGCUGCCUUAGUUUCAGUAGAGUUGGUUCUUCAUUUCUUUUCAGUGAUCAAAUUAUUGUUUCUGUUCUUUUCUGCCAUGGUAAGUUCCUUUUUUUUUUCUUCUUCUUGCCUUCAUUUGAGUUAAUUACAGCAUUGAUUUGUGUGAACAAAAUUCAUCAUAAAUCAGUUCCUCGCGAGAUCAUUGGUCUCAACAUGAUGGUGCCAAGUGAGAACUGCAGUAUUGUGCAGUUUUCAGUUUUGAGUCUAAGUUGUAUAAACUUGCAGUUGGAGUAUUAUGCUCUAGUAUUAAUCUACUAUCAGACAAGAUAAGAUCACUGAUUAA